AUACAAAUCAGCUUAUAUAAUCAGCUAUCAGCUAAUACAAUCAUCUAACAGCUAACAACUAUCCGCUAAUCGCCAAACAGGACCAUUGUUAUUGAUAUUGGUUUUGAGAAACAAAGGGGUAAAAAUGUCUAAAAAGAAUGUUUGAAAACAAUAUAAAACUCAACCUCGUUGACCCUCCAAAAUAUACAAUUGCGGCCCCUACGCCGUUGGCCUUGCCUUACCAAGCCAUCUCUUCACUAUUAAAGAGAGAAUACACUCUAGAAUCAAACCCACACUUCCAACACAUAAAACAAACCCAAAUCCAUAUUCUCUAAACAUAAACCAAAACCAAAACCAAAACCAAAACCAAAACCAAAAACUACAAACAAAACCCAAACUAAAAACUACAAACAAAACCCAAAAAAAAAAAACAAAAAAAACCCACUUUGCUCCCUCCUUAAAUUACACCAAUAUUACUGGGAGCACACAGACAGGCAGACAAAAGCAGCAGCAGCAGCUUUGCUCUGUUUUUUUAGAGAGAGAAACAAAGAAAAAAAAACAGAGAAGAAGAGAGAAAAACAGAACAAGAAGAAAAAAAAACUCUAAUUAGCAAAGAAAUGGUUGAUUAUGGUUUAUUGGGAAAUUUAUUGGGUUUUAAACCCUUAAUUUUUACCUUCAUUUUGUUGGUUUUAGCAUUAAGAAUAAUGCUAGUUUUAUGGUGGAGACCAAAAAAAAUUGAGUCUCAUUUUGCCAAACAAGGCAUUAAAGGACCUCCUUACAUAUUUUUCAUUGGCAAUGUCAAAGAAAUUGUUCAGCUCAUGUUAAAGGCUUCUUCUCAUCCUAUGCCUUUCUCUCACAAUAUUCUUCCUAGAGUUUUCUCUUUCUACCAUCAUUGGAGAAAAAUUUAUGGUGCAACAUUCUUAGUGUGGUUUGGGGCCACACCACGGUUAACAGUCUCAGAUCCUGAUCUCAUUCGAGAAAUCUUUAGUUCUAAAUCUGAAUAUUAUGAGAAAAUUGAGGCAAAUCCGCUUGUGAAACAACUUGAGGGUGAUGGACUUAUUAGCCUUAAGGGUGAAAAAUGGGCUCACCAUCGGAAAAUUAUAACACCCACGUUCCACAUGGAAAAUCUUAAGCUGUUGAUACCAAUGGUGGGAAAGAGUGUAGAGGAAAUGCUGGACAAGUGGGACCGGAUGAUGUUGGAGAGAGGAGGAGGAGAGAGAGAAGUGGAAAUUGAAGUUUCAGAGUGGUUUCAGGGGUUGACAGAGGAUGUGAUCACUAGAAUGGCAUUUGGAAGCAGCUACGAAGAGGGGAAGGCCAUUUUCAGGUUACAAAGCCAACAAAUGGUCCUUGCGGCUGAGGCUUUUCAGAAGGUUCUCAUUCCUGGUUAUAGAUUCCUACCUACAAAAAGGAAUAUGAAAUCAUGGAAAUUGGACAAGGAGAUCAGAAGAUCACUGGUGAAGCUAAUUGAGAGGAGAAAAUUAGAGAAUUGCAAUCACAAUAAUAACAAUAUUAUAACUAAUAAUAAUAAUAAUAAUAUUAAUAAUAAUAAUAAUAUUGUGAUGGGAAAUAUUGGAUCAGAGGAGGCAGGAGAAGGUGGGCCAAAGGAUCUGCUGGGCCUAAUGAUCCAGGCUGGGAUGAGAGAGAAUAAAAAAAAUUCAGAAAUUGCCAACAUCAAUAAUAACAACAAUUCUACAUUAUCAUCAUCAUCAAUUAAUUAUGCCCCACAAUUAUCAAACAUUAAUAGUAAUUGUAAUAAUAAUCUUAAUAUUAAUAAUAAUAAUAAUAAUAAGAUAACGGUACAUGAUAUUGUGGAAGAGUGUAAGAGCUUCUUCUUUGCUGGGAAACAAACGACGUCGAAUCUGCUGACGUGGACCACUGUGCUUCUAGCUAUGCAUCCUCACUGGCAGGAAUUGGCACGUGAGGAAGUUUUCAGAGUCUGUACAUCACGUGACAUACCUUCCAAAGAUGAUCUUUCUAAGCUUAAGAUGUUGAACAUGAUACUGAACGAGUCCCUUCGCUUAUACCCACCAGCUAUUGCAACAAUUAGACGAGCAAAAUACGAUGUGGAGCUAGGUGGAUGUAGGGUCCCACGUGGGACCGAGCUACUUGUUCCAAUCUUAGCCGUCCAUCAUGAUCAAACAAUUUGGGGAAAUGAUGCCAAUGAUUUUAAUCCUCUAAGAUUUGCUGAUGGUGUUUCUCGUGCAGCCAAACAUCCUGUAGCAUUCAUACCUUUCGGUCUUGGCACACGUACUUGCAUUGGACAAAAUCUUGCUAUUCUACAAGCUAAGCUUGUGCUUACCAUCUUACUACAACGCUUUUCCUUUACACUUGCACCUUCUUAUCAACAUGCUCCAACGGUUUUGAUGCUCCUCUACCCUCAACACGGCGCUCCGAUCGUGUUCCGGCACUUGCCGGAGGACGAUACUGGUCGUGUAGGGGCUGUGUUUGAAGAUCGAGGGUUGUGAAGUUGAGUUGUAUAGCUAAGAGUUAGCGUAUCUUUUUCCCCUAUGUGUUUCGUUUUCUGUUUAUAUAGUUAUUUUUUUCAAAUUGAUCAUUUGGUGUUUGUGGUAUACCAAGUAAGUUCUACUAAUGAGCAUUCGUAAUUAGGUUAAAUGUUGCGAUUCAAUCACUAUUGGGUGACAAUUGCCAAUGUUUUGGUUAUCUUGAUUAACUAACAUAGAGUGUGUAGCUAUGUAAUCUUGUAGGUCUUGCCAAGAGGUGCAAGAGAUUAGGUUGUAGCACUUUGACUCCCUACUUAGAAUAUUUAGGAUUUAUUAUGUGAUGUAAGUAGGUAGUGGUUACUAAAAAGAAAAAGUUGUUAGUGAAGGUUUUGAGAGUGAUAAAUGUAUUUUAAAAUUUUAAUUGAA